UCAUUUGUUUUAUUUCAUAUUAUCUUAUUUCACAAUCUAGGCCAGGCCUGUCAAAGACUCUUAUCUGCUAGAAGCUAUGUUGCGUUUAUUGUGUAUUUCUCAAAGGCAUGUCAAAGGCAUGUAGUCACCAGGGAGUAAAUUUACACAAUUCCACACAGGUUUCGAUGCCCUGCAUUUCCUGAAACUCAGAAGAGAUGGAGAGAAAGAGAAAGAGAGAGAGAGAGAGGAGGAGGAAGAGAGGAAGUCCAGGUUUGUUUUAAGUUAAACAGAUCAGCUUGUUUUUCUUGUUCUCGCAUUUCUCUUUUAGGUGUAAACAGAAGAUAUGACAGAAGGAGGUGCAUACAUCUGAUACACGAUGGCGGCUCCUGCAGUUAUCCCCAGAAAACACUCAAAGUUGCUCAAAGUUGUGGUGCCUCCAAAUGAAAAAACUGCCAACCCUAUUCCCAUAGUAAAUGGAGAAUAUAAAGUGAAAACAGAUACACACCUGAUCCACAGAGAGAGAGAAGUUGAAUUGGUGAAUCACUGUUUUGCUGAUGUGGAGAAUUUUAUGGCACGUCUGCAGCAGACGGCAGAGGCUCGGAGCGCUCUAGUACAACGGAGCAAGAAAAAGAGUCGCAAAAAGAGCAACAAGAAAAAGAAAGAGCCAGAUGAUGACCUUCUCACACAAAAGGCAGCCCCGCCAUCAGAACAAGAUUUUGUGGAUAUUUUUCAGAAGAUUAAAUAUUCUUUUUGUCUAUUGGACCGGCUGAAGACAGAAAUCUCAGAGCCCACCUCAGAAGAGCUCUUGCACCAUGUCUUCAUCCCUUUGAACUUGAUGGUGAAGACCACAGGUGGUCCUGAGUUGGCAGCAACGGUCUCCAGUCCUGCUCUGACCAGUGGAGCGAUAUCACUGCUACAGCAGAACCUUAAAGAGGACGAGAAAUCUCUCUGGGCCUCACUUGGGCCUAACUGGAACCUGCCAUACUCUCAACUCAGUGACAAAGUGCCUCAAUACAUACCUGUCUUUCUGGAUGGUUGGAAGCCUGAGGCAUUAGAUGCCUAUGGACAACAAAUCAUGGAUCCUAUAGAGUCACAGCACAAAAAUGAAGCUCUUAAAAAGGCACAAGGAACAAUCCAGCAGGAAUAUGAAGGGUUGCAAGACUCUAUGUCUCCUCGAGAAGAAAGGAUGUACCGCUGCAGUUAUGACUUUGUGGCACGGAACAAUAGUGAGCUCUCAGUACUACAAGGAGAAAACUUGGAGGUGUUAGAGUCAUCUAAGCGAUGGUGGAAAUGUCGGAAUGAAUACGACCAAAUUGGUUUCGUUCCACAUAAUAUCCUUGAGCCGAGCAAUCACACAGAGGUUGACUCUUCUAACAUAGUAAUGCGCCAUCAGUCUAUGAAAGCUCCUAUCUCUCCUCCGAGAGGUGGGCGGUUCUCCUACGCUGCACCACAUUCCUCGAGCGAAAGUGAAAACCGCCUUGAUCCCCGCCCCCACAGUAUGCCACCAAUUAGUGAAGAUGGAGACAGAAGAGUAAUAAUGAUGAACGAUGAACUUGUGCAGCGAUUGGCCAAGGGCAGAACAGCAUCAACACGCCCAGUGGUAAUUAAUAAAACAAAUGAGACAACCACACCGCUGGACUACCACUCUCCUCCAGUUGAGGUUCAGGAGUGGCUCAAGGCCAAAGGCUUCAAUGAUUUCACUGUGCGAAGUCUGGGUGUCCUAACAGGAGCUCAGCUCUUUUCUCUGAAUAAAGAGGAGCUGCGUUCUGUUUCUACCGAGGAGGGCAGUAGAGUCUACAGCCAGAUCAUGGUGCAGAAAGCCCUGCUGGAGGAUGUGAGGAAGGCCACUGAGUUGGAGGCCAUCAUGAACAGACAGAAGAUUAAAGCUGAUUUGAAAGCAGAUGGUGGACACUUUUAAUUGAACUCAUGUUCUCUCUCACCCAUUCAGACAGGCAUUUAUGUUACUGCUUUUACAGACAGGUGUUGCAUGAAUCAUAAUCUUGUAACCAUAAUGAUCUCUGUUGUUUUUAUGUAACUGAUAGAAUAUAAAUUUCAUCAUUACUGCUUAACCUGACAUAUAGAAAACAAACCCUGUAUAUUCCUUUAUGUAUUGUAGAUUCAUUAUUAAUAAAAAUAAAUAACAAUGGUUUUCAUAUUGAAAUUGUAUCAAUAUCAAUUUUAAAAAGACAAUUUUUACUGCAGAGAUCUUUAAUCAACUUUUAUAGAAUGAUUGUAUUUGAAGUAUUUGAUUGCAACUGAUAAUGACUUCUAAAAAGAUACAUAGGCCUAUAUUUGGUUUAGUCAUUGUCCAUGGCUGCAGUAUGUAUACUACACAUAGCAUUAUAUGUGCAUAAAAUACCCAAUGUGCAGUAUAAAACCAAGAAGCUCUAGUAAACAAUCAGAGCACACUGUACCUC